AUGUGGAGACUUUUUGAGGGAUCGCUUGUGUUGUCAUGUUUCUUUUGCGUUUUGUUGCCGGUAUUAACGCGUGAAGCCAGUUUUGGAAAGGCUUUUGGGUUUAAACGAGGUAAAGUUAUCGGUGUAUUCUGGUUGAAGCCACUCAAACGCGUCUGUUCGAGAUCAUGCCCAGUACUAAUUAUUAACUCUGUCAUUCACAGGACACGGAUUUCACGAUGAAAAUGACUACGAUGAUGGCUAUGCGGAGUUUACAGGUGAGAGCUUUUAAUGUUGCGAUACUUUUCUGUAUUAUUCGCGAACAGUAAAACAGGCAAAUAACUCAUCAGUCAUUAUGCGUUCAUCAAGUACAUUUCGGGAUGCAGUGAUGUUAUAUGACACACUUUCGUCCCUAGUUUGUGGCUUUGAAUCAUCUACAAGCUGUCGUAUUUUCUAUUAUUUACUUCUGUACUUUUUGCAGUUUUUUUCCUCACCGCAAAAUUAGGUUUUUGAACUUCCUUAAGGGAACUUUCGUCUUUUAAUUUACGACAUUACAAGCGAUCAGUUUUACGCAUGAUUUAUCUCGUCGUUCCAUCUUCACUUCCCGUCCAUAAAAACUUUUAUUUUUGAACACUACAGCUGUUUAAGUCUCCAGUGAAUUCUUGCGUAUACUCUUUUGUCCCGCUUUUAAGUUACUUUGCAGUAUUUUGUAGCUAAGACAGGAAAUAGAGGCGAAAUGUUUUGAGUUGAAGUUCAUUUGCAUCAUUUUGUAUGCAGCUGUCGUACCGUGCUGUUGUUUUGAAAAAUAAUCUUACUUUGUUAAUACAGAGGAAUCCCAGAGGAAUCCCAGAGGAAUCGCGAACGGCGAUUUUUCGAACUUAGACUCAGAAAACCGAUUUUCCUUAUCCUGUUUUUAACAUUGUACCGUUCAAACUGAUGUCCAUUCUCCCGGGAGCGCACUCUUUUGACGGAGAACCGCGACUCUUAUUCUUGUUAUUUGCACAUCCAAAUUUUCUUUUACUCGUUUUCUUGUAUCUGAAACAGGUUUUGUUUUAGAUUUUAAAGAAAAAUAGAAAGAAAGAAAAAACGUAUUCUUGUCGCUUAAUGAUCUGAAAGCUGUAUCACCGAGAAAAAAAGCUUGUAUUACAUUGUAAAUCAACCAACCAACUCAUAAGUGAUCAUGUAUUUUGUUUUGUCUCUCAGUGUCUGCUGCGGAUCGUAAAAUUAAUAAAAUUAAUAGUAAGGUUUACUUACUGUUAAUUUUUGUAUUUUACCGCCCGCUGUAAGUCGCAACUGAUCCUUCUUAACUGGAAGUCGAAACCAAGUCCGACAAAAAAAAAAUUACGUGUUUAAAUUUCGGUUUUUUAGACAUAUUUUGUGACUCGAAGCCAAAAUGUCAAAUGGUAUAUCUGCUGCUACUCUGCUAGCAGGGUAAUCUGUUGCUGAACAGACGUACUCCGUCCAGUUUCGGUUGUGAUUGUCGAUAAUCCAAAAAAUAAAACCUUUUGUUGUUCUACAAAACAGCUUAUUUUGGCCCGCGUUUCAUUUCUCUUUCGAUGGUGCUCACAAAUUCUAUGGUCAACAAAAUAAAAUGGGAAUACAAACUUUUCCAGACGACACUAUAAUCUUGAGAUAUUUUAUUUAUUUUAUGUUUUGCCUGGAAGGUUCAACACUGAUAGAUUUCGAGUGGCUAGUUUUCUAUCCUCUCUUGAGGGCAUGAGUUUGCCGCCAGCGCCUUCUUUUCGCUUCUUUAAAUCAGGGAACGUUCGGAGUACAUGAGUGUAGGAUUCUAUUUUUUUCCCGGAACCUCAUUGCUCAGUACAAAGAGCUUUUAUUUAAAUGAUUAUACUUGAGGAUUUCAUCCAUGGACUCAGACGUUUAAGAACCACCUUGUUGUGCUAAUCGCCCAUGAUCAAGAGCUGUUCGUGUACAAAAAGACAUCUUCGUGUUUAGCUGAGGGAUUUUAAUUUCGUAAUGAGAGGUAAAUAAACCGAACAAACUUAUUUUGAAGUAAUUUAAACACUACGGCAGCUAUGUUCUGGAUUUGAUUUCUACGGCUAAUUUUCCUAAUUGUGUCGAUAGCUUCUUCAGCCUAGAUGCAGAAUUAGCAGAGAGACUACAUGUAGUACUUUUUCACACCCUGUGCGGACCAUACAUGGCAGCAUUGUUUAAUCUUUCUGCCCUGAUAGGUUGCUUCUUUAUUUUGGAGGAAUUCCCUCCAUAUCCGUCUCAACAAAACAAGACUUUGACAGGUGUCUUGGUGAAAAUAGAAACUUCCUUUUAUAUGUGAUUGUACUAACUGAAACUUCGAGUGUUUCGGUUUUUAUACCCGAUAAGAAAUAGUAUUAAAUGCUAUAAGGCACACCACUGCAUUUUGUGAUUAACAUCAUUCGCCUCUUUAACUUAUUUCGUCCGUUUAGAUAAUAAAAGGUGACCAACGCGAAAAAAUUCCAACUUUCCUACGCUCAAACUUAUUAAACGGUAAUUUCUUGUAGUGCUGCCUGCUUCAAAAGUUUGCAAAAAA